ACACUAAAGCUGUGGGAUUUCAAUAAAGGCAAAUGUCUGAAAACUUAUACUGGCCAUAAGAAUGAAAAGUAUUGUAUUUUCGCAAACUUCUCCGUCACCGGUGGCAAGUGGAUUGUCAGUGGAUCGGAAGAUAAUCGUGUCUAUAUAUGGAAUUUGCAAUCCAAAGAAAUUGUACAGACUCUUGAAGGGCAUACAGAUGUGGUGCUUUGUACCGACUGUCAUCCUACGCAAAAUAUGAUUGCAUCGGCAUCGCUGGAAAAUGAUCGGACAAUUCGGUUGUGGAAGUCCGAUUUUUAA